CACAUUUACUUCAAAUCGACUUUUAUUUACACCAUGUUUACAUUCACAUGUUUACCUAAAUAAAACUUUAUACACAUGAUUAUUACAGUAAAACAUUUGAUUUAAAUACAGCUUCACUGCAUUUUUUAUAUUCACAGCAUUCCUUUUAAAUAAAAGUUCAUUUACAUUGUUUAUGUUUACAACAUUCUUUUUAAAUCAAACUUUAUUUACAUUGUUUAUGUUUACAACAUUCUUUUUAAAUCAAACUUUAUUUACAUUGUUUAUGUUUACAACAUUCUUUUUAAAUCAAACUUUAUUUACAUUGUUUAUAUUUACAGCAUUCCCUUUAAAUCAAACUUUAUUUACAUUGUUUGUAUUUACAACAUUCCCUUUAAAUCAAACUUUAUUUACAUUGUUUAUAAUUACAACAUUCCCCUUCAGUCAAACUUUAAUCAUGUUUAAAAUAACAACACUAAGUCGAGGAACAAGUCCAGCUCUGACUCUGGUCCACCUCUGGUUCUGGUCCAGCUCUGGCUCCGGUCCAGCUUUGGCUCUGGUCUACAGUCGGUUCCACCAGAUGCUCUGGGUCAGAACCGGACCUAAGGAGGAGGAGGACCGUGAAGGUGUUUACUGCGCGCUCAUUGGCUGCUGAACGGAGACGCGCACAGAGGAUGGAGAGGAAGAGGAAGAGAGAGGAGUGAGGAGGAGUAGUUCUGGAGGAGAAGCAACAGCAGAAGCAGAAGGAGAAGGAGAGCAACUCCAGCUCAGAGGAUCCGACAGAAUCACAACAAAGCCCGUAGGAGAACAACCGGAAGUUCACUUUCAAACUUUAUUCUCGCAAAACUCUGUGCGCGCUCCCGAAACCUUUGGCUGCUCCCGGGCUGUGUCGCGCAUGCGCUGUGCGCAGCCUGUUGUUCUGAAUAAUGGACCGAUUGUGUCACCGGGCUCGGUGGUGACGUCACCGGCCGCUGAUCCGAAUCAGGACCAGCAGGACACGGGAACGCGCCUCGGCUCAGCGCGUGAACGCAGCAAACUGAAGCAACCAGCAGCAGAAGCAGGAAGCAGCAGCAGCAGAAGAAGAAGACCAUGAGACGAAGGCUGCAGGACCAGAGACACUGACGGGACACAGACAGAGAGACAGACAGACGGGAUGUGUGUGAGCCUGUAGAGCGUGUGUGUGUGUUUGUGUGUGUGAGGAUGAGUGGCGGUAAAAAGAGGAGUGGCUUCCAGAUCACCAGUGUGACCUCAGACUUAUACCAAAGUCCAGCCGGCCAAUCAUCUCCCAGCGUGGUCCUGUCCGUCCUCCAAUCAGACGCCUCCUCCUGCAGCUCUCAAGGAAGCUCCUCCCAGCCGACCACGCCCUCCCCGAAGAGGAAGUAUGUCUCCCAUGAUGCUGCGGGGCAGGGGGCGGGGUUAUCCUCCAGGUUCAGGGUGGUGAGGCUGGCAGUGGGUGGGGCCGGCGGCGGGGGGCGGGGCGAGUCAUAUCGCCGAGGGCGAUGGACAUGUAUGGAGUUCCUGGAGAGACAGUCAGGGGCGGGGUUCAGGCGGGUGAUGGACAGCAUGAGACACGCCCACUCGCUGGAGUCUCUGGAGAUGAUUGGCCGAGACAGAGACACAGGUGGAGUCCACUCCCGGGACAUCCCCCACCUCCUGGCUCAGCCAAUGAGAGGGGUGGAAGGGGCGGGGCUUGUUUUGCGCAGCGGCCCACCUUCACCGACACACGAAGAGCCAAUCAACAUCCGGCUGCUGGACCGCAGGGAGCCAAUGAGAGUGCAGGGUUUAGACUCCACCCCUCCACCGCCUUCUCCCCGCCCACGAAAUGUCCCUCCUCCUCUACGAUUGGACGUAGACGCUGCAGGACGGUCUGUCCUCCGGCUGUCCCACUCUCAGCCCAACUCCCCCCCUGCUGGACCGUACCAUCCCUCUGUGACCCCUAUCCAGACUCCUUCAGCCUUCAGUCUGGACCAAACCAUCUUCAGCCUUCCGGGGGACGCCAGUUCCAGUAACAGUCUGACCGCCAUCGACAACAAAAUUGAACAGGCCAUGGACCUGGUGAAGAGUCACCUGAUGCUAGCUGUCAGGGAGGAGGUGGAGCUUCUGAGGGAACAAAUCAGAGACCUGCAGGAGAAGAACCAGCAGCUGGAGAGAGAGAACCACAUCCUGAGAGCCCUGACACACAACCUGAACACAAUACAACGCUGAUACACAACACAACUUGAGCAAAACACAACACUGAUACACAACACAACACAACCUGAGAACAACACAACACUGAUACAUAACACAACCUGAGAACAACACAACACUGAUACACAACACAACACAACUUGAGCACAACACAACACCGAUAGACAACACAACCUGAGGACAACACAACCUGAGCACAACACACUGCAACACAACAUGACCACUAUACAACGCUGACACACAACACAACUCAACCUACACAACACUGAUACAACCUGCACACAUCCUACACACCUGAUCACCAGGUGCUGUUCCUCUAUGGAUGUCAUCAUGGUAACAAGUGCGACUGUUGAGGAGCCUGGUUACCGUGACAACAGGACUGUUGGUAUCAGUUUCAGGUGUUCUGAGUGACGAUGAUGAAGGUUAGAGUGUAAUAAAUUAAUAAAGUCUAACUGCACAACAA